AUGGUCAAUCCUGAUAUAACUAAGUAUCUACAAAAUAUAAAAAGUGUUGAUAACAUUGAAUGGCUUUGUCAAACUUGUAACAACCAUUUAACGAAAGGCAAAGUCCCCCCUUGUGCAAUUGCUAAUGGCAUGAAAUUUCCAGAAAGACCUUCUUUCUUUGAUCUAAAUGAACUAGAAUGUCGACUUAUUGCUCCUCGGUUGGCAUUUCAAAAGAUUUUUCAGGCCCCAAGAGGUGGCCAACUCAAGAUUACAGGUAAUGUUGUCAAUGUGCCUGCAGAUGUAAACAGCACUGUUAAUGUGCUGCCCAGACUAUCAGAUGAGAUGGGUACUAUUAAAGUUCAACUUAAACGAAGAUUACAAUACAAAAGCUCUGCACUUUCAAUGAAUGUAAGACCUCACAAAGUAAUGCAAGCAACUGCAUGGUUAAUUAACACAAGUACUUUGUAUCAAGAUCAAGGGAUUAUUAUAAACCAGAAUUGGUUGAAAAACCUGGAAGAGUCAUUGGAUGUGUCCAGUGAUAUUGAGACAUCAAAUGGUGAAGAUGAUUUAACAUCAAACCUCCCUGAAGAUGAAUGGAGUGAGGCUGAAGCAGAAAUACCAGCUGGAGUAACUGAUAGUAUGUUGACUCCUCCAGACUUUGUCAGUGAUAGUGAGAGACAGGAAAUCUAUAAUGUUGCUCCUGGUGAAGGUAACAGGCCGUUGAGUAUAUUUAGAGAUCAGUACUCUGAAGAAAUGUCAUAUCCAGGCAUAUUUCUUGGACAAAAAAGACCUGAUGAUAAACAAAGGUUAAGAAGUGUUUACUAUAGUGACAUAUGUAAAUCUGAGUUAAGAAGAUCUGAUCGACGAGCUGCCAUUUUCUCGUCAGCAGAAACCAAAUGGAAUCAUUUAUUAAGAAUUCUUGGUAAACUUAUUAAUCACAAGGAUUAUAGUGAUGACGAAUUGAACAAUCUUAAUUGGGAGGAAAGGUGUCGACUAAUACAAAGUGACCCAGUAACCUGUUCAAGACAUUUUGAUUUUCAGUUCAAUACCUUCUUAAAAGAUGUCUUAAUGAGUGAGCUUGCUCCAUUAGGAAAAAUUAAAGAUUGGUUUUAUAGAGUUGAAUACCAACAGCGGGGAUCACCUCAUAUUCAUAUGUUGAUAUGGCUUGAAAAUGCACCUGUGUUUGGUGUUGAUAAAGAUGAAGAUGUUGUUGCUUAUAUUGAUAGCAUAAUUACCUGCAGCAAACCAGAAGAUGAUACAGAAUUACUUGAUCUUAUUCUUUAUCCACUCGAUGGAGAUAUCUCUUCAACUGUUGCUAAAGCCAGCAAAGAAUUGUGGAAAGAGAUUAAAACGAAACUAAAUGAUUUUAAGGAAGGUAAAGACAUUACUUUUGAUGAAUUAGUACAAGAGUUAGGUGUUUCGGAACGGCAAUAUAUUCUUGCUAUACGAUCAUCUUUGAAUACUCCGACAAUCUUCUUAAAAAGAAGUCCAAAUGAAUUAAGAAUCAAUAAUUACAAUCCUGUUUGCCUUCGGGCAUGGCGAGCAAAUAUGGACAUUCAAUAUGUCUUAGAUGUAUAUGCAUGUGCAAUGUAUAUUGUAUCAUAUAUUUCCAAAGGUCAAAAAGGAAUGAGUGAAUUACUGCGUAAAGCUUGUGCUGAAGCGAAAGAAGGUAAUACAAAUAUCAAACAGCAAGUUCGUGAUAUUGGCAACAAAUUUUUGAAUUCUGUUGAAAUAUGUGCACAAGAAGCCGUGUAUAUUGUUUUGCAACUUCCAAUGCGAAAAUCGUCACGUAGUGUAAUUUUCAUUAACACAUCUCCUCCUUCUGAAAGAGUCGAAUUACUUAAACCAUUGAGUGAAAUAGAGAAAAUGUCUGAUGAAUCAGAAGAAAUUCAGUCUGGUGGUCUUUUAAAAAGAUAUGUAGAACGACCUGAUUGUUUGCAAAAUGUGACGCUGGCUGAUUGGGCAGCAUGGUACGACUCUAGUGGUCAAAAAACAUAUAGGAAAACAAACAAGCCUGACGUUGAUAACCUUCCAUUAGAAAAUAAUGAUGAAGAUAAUGACGACGAGUUGUUAAUAAAUGACGAUAAUCUUCACGUUGUAAAAACUCCUGAAAAUAUGAAAAUAAGGAAAAGAUCUCGAGCUAGAGUAAUCCGAAGUGUCUGGUUCAAUAAAGAGACUCAACCUGAAAAACAUUAUCGCGAGUUAAUUAUGCUCUUUACUCCUUGGCGGAAUGAACAAACCGAUUUAAUGGGAAAUUAUUCCUGUUUUGAAGAACACUAUUUAGCUCGAAAUGAAGAAAUCAGUAAGCAAAUGGAACAAUAUGCUGUUUGUAGUGAAGACUUAAAUGAAAUUGGACAUCAUUUAGACGAAUGUGAUGAUGAUGCUUUUGAUACCAUUGCACCUGUGACACAAGAUGUUGAACGACAUGAUCAGGAUGAAGGAUGCGUGGAUACACAUCCUGAUUUAAACGAAACAUUUGAUCAUCUUGCUGAAAAUUUGGGCAUUCCGUCUUCUUUACCAAAUAAUGAGCCGUUGAUUUUAAAUGAAAUGCAAGAUAACGAAUAUCGAACCUUAGUUCAGCUGUUAAAUAAGAAACAAAGAGAAUUCUUCUAUCAUGCUCUGCAUUUGAUAAAAACAUCAGAUAAACCAUUUUACGCAUUUCUCAGUGGAAGUGGAGGUGUCGGAAAGUUUCACCUUAUUAAAUCGAUAUACCAGGCAGCAUUGAAGUAUUACAAUUCACGAGCAGGGGACGAUUUUCAUCGUGUUCAUAUAUUAUUGCUUGCUCCAACAGGAAAAGCUGCAUAUCUUAUAAAAGGUAACACGAUUCACAGUGCCUUGCGCAUUCCAGCAAGUCAGUCAUUGAAAAAUUAUAAACCAUUGGAUUCUGGAAGACUGAAUACGAUGAGAUGCGAACUAAGUUCAUUAAAGUUAAUAUUGCUUGAUGAGAUAUCAAUGGUUGGCAACAACAUGUUCACCAUUCAAUUGAACAACCGUUUGAAAGAUUUAAAAGGUAGUAAAGAAGAUUUCGGUGGUGUCAGCAUAAUCACAAUAGGUGACUUAUUUCAACUCAAACCUGUAAUGGAUGGUUACAUUUUUACAGAUGUUCAGUCUUUAAGUUCUUAUGAUGUUCUUGCCCCGAACUUAUGGAGAAAAUAUUUUAGAAUGUUUGAGCUUGAUGAAAUCAUGCGACAGAGAGAAAGCAAGAUUUUUGCAGAGAUACUUAAUCGACUUCGUGAAGGUAAUCAUACUCCGAGUGAUCUACAAAAACUAAAGGAAAGAUGUAUUGAAGAGAGUGCUUGCCCCAAAGAAGCCCCACGUUUAUUCAUUCAAAAUGCUUUAGUUGAUGAAUACAAUGAUAUAGUUUAUCAAUCAUUUGAUGAUCGUGAUAAAUACAUAAUCAGGGCACAAGAUAGCGUAAUUGGAGCCUGUUCAGCUGAACUGAAAGAAAAGAUAAUGAGACAAAUACCACAUGUUCCUUUGAAAAAUUUAAAACAGUUGGCUUAUAAACUGCAUAUUGCUGUCGGACAACGAACAGAAAUUGCGGUGAAUAUACGCACUGAUGAUGGUCUGACAAACGGUGCAAGUAAUGUCAUUAAGCAUGUUCAAUUGACUGAUAAUACCAAACCUUCUGGCAUCGUUUGGGUUCAGUUUGACGACGAAGAUGUUGGAAAGAAAACCCGACAAGAAAAUAGAAUUCUCUAUGCUCGAAGUACAUCUAUACUAAGUACUUGGACACCAAUAAAACCUGUUACAACGCAAUUUGCUGUAGGUAAAACGAAGUCUGCUCAAGUGGUAAGAAAGCAAUUUCCUUUGAGGCCAGCUGCCGCAAAAACGGUUCAUCGAUCACAAGGUGAUACUCAGUCACAUAUCGUCGUUAAUUUAAAUACAAGAAGAGCAAUUCCUCAUAUUCAUUACGUCGCUCUAAGCCGAGUAACAACAAUCGAAGGGCUAUAUAUAACUGAUCUUUGCGAAAGUAAGAUUUCCGUUGAUCCUAAAGUCGUAGAAGAAAUGCACUUACUGAGAAAUGAGUAUAAAUUAGAUCUUUGUUUUACUCCGUUGUACAUGCUGAAUCCCACUGAUUUAAAAAUUUGCUAUCUUAAUGCAAGAUCUUUGCACAAACACAUUGAAGAUAUACGAAAAGAUAUUAAUUAUACGUCUGCUGAUAUCUUAAUUUUUACCGAAACGAGAUUUCGUGAAGAAGAUCCUGGUGAAAUGUACGCAAUUGAAGGCCAUGAGUUAUUCAGAAAUGACGACGUUUCAAAUCUCAACCGUCCAUAUCAUGGAACAGCUGUUUAUUCAAAACUUCCUAUGAUUAUUAGAUAUCCUUGUGCAAGAAACUGUCAUGGGAUCGAGGUAACUAUUAUGAAGAUGGUCGAACGUCCAGACCUAAUUAUAAUUGGAAUAUACAGAUCUCCAACACUUGCAUUAUCAUCUCUUUUGGCUGCCAUUUCUACGACAUUGGAGGAACAUCCUUCUCCACGGGUUAUAAUCAUUGGAGACUUUAAUGUCAACUGGCUUGAUGAGAUAGAACGAAGAUCACUGUACAAUCUUAUGAUCAAUACCAAUGGCCUCGAGCAACUUAUAACUAGUUCUACAACAGAUAAUGGAACAUUGAUUGAUCAUCUGUAUACGAAUUUGAUUGAAAAGGAUAUCCAGGCAGGUACUCUUGAAACUUACUUUAGUGAUCACAAAGCAAUUUGGGCCUCUCUAAAGGUAAGGAGGUAAUCACAUCGAGACAUAGCGUUAGCAUGUAACAAGAACAACCAUAGUAUUGACAUGGUUAGAUGAACCCAGGUAAGGAGGUAAUCACAUCCAGACAUAGCGUUAGCAUGUAACAAGAACAACCAUAGCAUUGACAUGGUUAGAUGAACACAGGCCAAUAUUUAUUGGCCUGACUCCAAUUUAACAAAAGGUAAGCAUUUAAUUUUAAGUUUUUUUUUCAUUUUCUUUUCUCACGCAAUUUGACCAUUUCUCUUUAUUUUUAGGUUCCGGUGGCAUAUUUUCAAAUUAUUCACACGAUGUCGAAGCUGAAGCACUAAUAAUCUAAAGGUCUGAAUCAGCUACAAUCACAAAGAAGUUUUAAAAAUGUCAGCGUUGCUUGUUGCCUACCGCGUGGAUCAACGUUAAAUUAAUCCGAAGAUAAAAAGACCACAACACAUAUAUCGGAAAUCCUCGUUCCUCUUUCCAGACAUCUCUCCACAUACCGCAACUGUAAUCUGUUCAUCGCAGCAACGAAUGCCAAACAAAAACAAAGUUCUCUGGUAACCUUACUGGUAAAUGCUACUCAUACCUUCAUGGUAACUACUACUG